UAAAACGGGACGGAGGUAAAUAUAAGACCUACAAAUAUGGAACGAAACGUAUAUUCAUCUUAGCAAAAUAGGCAUUUGCCAAAAUCGUAGGAAUAGCUUUUUCUUUUCCCUUUUCCGGCCACCUUCAAGAGGUGAUGGGGUUUCCCGUUGCCUUGGUGCGGACUGAAGUAUUGGGGUUGUAGCCGAUUCACGACCGGCGCUAAUCCAAUGGGUUCGCUCAUUUGUCCCAAACCUCGUCGUCUUGGGGAUACCAUUAGCCAUUCGAACUGCCUUCCCUUGAGAAAUAAAGCUGAUGCCUUUGUUUCAAAAAGUGGAGCAGAACUUACUGAUCUCAUUCUCAAAGAGGAUGGCAUAGCUGCAACACAAUACACAUCUGAUUUGUCGUCAUCCCCUCCUUUCUUCUCUGGUUCACCGCCUUGUAGGGCUAUGAAUCCAUUAAUCCAUGAUGCUCGCUUUACAAAUGAAAAACAAUCCUGUUUUUCAUCAUCACCAAGUACAUCUACUUCAGCUUCAUCUUCUCCAUCAACAAUUUGUAAAGGAAGGUGUUCAAUGGCAAGACUUGGGCAAACUCAAUCACCAAAUAGAGUAGAGGGUUUUGACUGCCAAAACUCCCACAUGGCUGCUAUGGCUUAAAAAUCUUCCUUACUGAGAAGUAUAUAAAGUCGGCAGCUCAACAAUGUAUAUAGAAUAUCUAGAAAAGAAGAGAAGAUUUUGGAGAUAUUAGCUAUUUAUUAGAGGGGAAAAGUUCUGGUUUUUCGUUAAUAUUAUUGUGCAACGAUGUGGCUGUUGCACAUUUAUUUGAAAUAAGGUGGUUGAGAGUUAGUUUUGUUUUGUGCUGUCACUCUCGAUUGAUUUUGGUGCCACAAAUUUUUGACAAUUUCAAAACCUGCAGUAUUGUAUAUAUCUGAAAUUUGGAAUAGGGACUGGUGAUUGAGUUUCUUUUUCUUUUUCUGAGAGUAUCCUUAAUCUUGGUGGUUUCUGUUUCUAAAGAGUUGAAGAUUUUUGAUGUGUCUCACAUAUCUAUUAGUUAUGUAACACACAAGUUGGAGGAUUCCACACAAGGUACAUGCUUCAGUCAUAUAAAUACCCUCACAUAAGUUACAAUAGUUAGAAUACAGCCAAAUUUCUUGGAAGAGUUGAUGUCAUGAAGUUGGAAGUAUUCUAUAGAUAUAAUGAUAUGAGAACCUUUAACCAAACUUCUAUUGUGACUUAAGUAUUUGCAAGUGAUAUGAUGAUCAUACACCCAAAAAUGAAAUCUUAUCCUUUAUGUCUCCAGUUUCUACAACUGUGGCCAUGAAAAAGCUUGAGAUAUUCAAUAACAGAUAUUGCCAAAUUUGCAGCCCAUACAAUUCAAUAGUAGAUAAGGCAGCCCAUACAAAUGAAGCACAAUAACUUUUUGGGAAGUGAAGGAAUGAUUGAAUAACUUUCAUAUUCUAGAAGUGGUUGGGAUGAGGGUGAAUGUGUGGACCAUAAUUUGCAUUUAAGAUUUGCAGAUAUUAUCAAGAUGAAACUCAUAUACGCCACACGAAUGUGAAACAACAAAAUUUACAAACAAAGCACCAAAUCAUAAUUAUUAUUAGUUCUCAUAACUUGGUAGGAAUCCAAAAACAUACACCGAAUAGAAAGUAGGAAACAUAAACAAUUUUUGUGGGAAGAAGAAAAAAAAA